AUGUCGCGCGGCAUAAUCGUUCCAACUAUCGUCGAGGAGCCACCCAGCCCAAUUAUACCCCUUGCGCCCUCCACUCAUGGUAGAAGUCGUCAUCACGACGCCAGUGGUGCUGGCCACCUCGUACAGAGCACAAGUGGGACCAGCAGGAGGCUGAAGACGGACGAAGCAGGACAUUUGGACUCUGCACAACUCAAGAAGCGACGCCGGUUUCGAUUCCCAGGCACUUCCCCAGAUCAGGAGGACUCAGUCACAAAAGUGAUACGCGAACACGCUUUCUCGUUCUUUAUUCAGCACGGCGGAAAUGAAGAGGAUUGGGAGGAGUCCAGGGAGCAGACUGUCAGGGAAGAGAUGCUCCGCCGGUGGAAGGAAUCUGAGUGGGGAACAGCCUUGAGAGGUCGGGCCCACGGCAAGAAGAGCGCGAAGCAAGCGGCCAAGACCUGGAUCGGAGGAAGCUUCGAGGUUGGGGAUCUCGUCGGUGUCAACAUCCUCCAAGAACCGACUGAGAGCGUACGCGACCGGAUCUCCCACCUCUCAUCUGGCCGAAGACCCUCGCAAUCAUUUAGAACGGCGUCUCACGUUGUCUCUGUCGGGGACGACUUCGUGACCGCUUCCGAAGGCGCGACGCCGUCCUUCUAUGGGACCGUCGGAAUGAAUCAGGUCACAAUGUCCUUGUCCCAUCUCGGUGUCGAGACUGGCGAAGCUACCAGACGGACGCAGUCGGACUCAGAUGUACGACCCACUCUUGAAGAGGCGACGGCGCUCGCGAAAAGUGACUCUCAUGUACCGGUUCUCAAAAAGCAAAGGGUACAUUAUGCACCCGAUCCUAGCAGAGAGGCCCCAGCAGAGCCAUCACCCGUCCCUCCGUCACAGGUGCUCGAGAGGUCCCCGUCUGAGAUUCCUGCUACCAGCGCCGAAGCCAUGGUCGCUCCGGCCCAACGGAGCUCUUCUUGGACCGACGUCACCAUGCGUGACCGAAUGCUGCUCCGGAUCGGCUAUUCAACACAUUCCCUCCCGCCAGUGUUUGACGAGAGCAUCGGCCGUCUUACGCAGGGCGUACGUUACGAGCAAUGGUCCGAGUACCUUGUACUGUGGAAGGAUGACUCGAUUCGAUUCUAUGAGCCGCAUGGGACCACCUGGAUUCCAGGGACCAAGCCUUAUCGUUUGGCAUCUGUAGUGUCUCUCAAGUCCACCCAGACUCGCCUUUCCGUUUAUUCCUUUGUGGACAUGUCGUUUUGCUUAACGUGCCCUCCCAAGGCAAUCCGCUCCCGCAACAAAAAGGCUCGCGGCCUGUUUCACAUGACUAAAGAAGGCACCAACAUCUUCAUAUGUAAGGUUAAGAGUCGGUCCCGAGCGGCCGAUUGGAUUUGGUUGGUGGCUUUGGUAUAUCUCCUGAUAUGUAAAGGGCUGCUACUGACAUCUCUCAGGAGAAGACUAGGGGGAAUUCUGCCCGCCUCUCUCGAAAUUCGCUCGCCCAAUUUGGAUACCCGAGUCAAGAUUGAGCUGCCGAGUGUAGAGUCGCCUGAGAUGUUCACGCGUGACAACAUCGUGACGCUGUGCCAGCAAGCCCUGUGGCGUGUCAAAGCGUGGCGAGAGCUUAUCGAGAUGCAAGUUUCUGAAGGGAAGGAACUCGAGCUUGCUUGGAGGAUGGGAGCGCAGCUGGAUUGGAUUUGGCUUGCCUCGGAUGUGGUUGGCGAUCCGCGCGACUGCGCUGUGCUAUAUGGACUCGCCAUGCAACAGUGUUCUCCACCUCCAUACCUCGAGAUCAGACUUGGACAACAUGCCGCACAACACCUGCUCUCCAAGACAGGGACACGUAUCUUAGAACCACCAGCGAUCGAAGGCUAUCUCGAACGCAUCAGUCCGAGGUCCCAGGCCAAACACCUGGUGUAUCUCGUGGUGCAUGAUGGAAAUCUGUUCUCUGUUCCGCAGAGCCACGCGAAUCCUCCUUCUCCCAUGGGCAUCGGUGCAGCUGUCAACGGGCCCGACGCCCUCCGUCAGUCCGAAGUGCUCAGAGGCACAUCUCAGAUCAUCCAUUCUACGGGUGUCUGUGACUUGAGGGCAGUCCUUGCUGUGCGCAGAGCUUUCCAGGUCGCAGUUCCCGAAUCACAUGGUCUGGAGGUCGUUGACGACCACAGCUUUGGGGCAGCUGUCGAGAGGACCGAGAGCGAGGGUGAAGACGAGGGGGGUGACGAGGGCAUCUUUGCGGCGCAGGACAAGGCACAUCUCAGAAUGAAGCGCUCUUUUGAGCUGCUUCUGCAGAAUGGGCAUGUGAUCAGAUUCGAGGCACAUUCAUGCCGAGUUGCGCUGGAGUGGAUUGAGAGGCUUCGGCCCUUGAUUUUGUACUGGAGGCAACGUCAUCGGACUGACGCCAGCGAUGAAAUGGAUCUCGCUCAAGCCUAUCGACCACGGCUUACCCCACGACGACACGUCGUCAUGAACGACAGUGAAUUGCCACCCGAGCCGCCUGUGGAUCCUUUGGCGCCGCUGCCUGCGCUCAGUAAUUUGUACAGCUGGUGUGUGCUUGAAGGAUGCAGACCCAUCAUCCGAGGCGGCAGAAUCUACGUUCGCAAAGGAAUGUACGGUCAAUACAAGUUUGUGCAGCUGUUCCUUCUGCCCGGGAAUCUGGUGCAGUUCCACAUUGCUCCCAACUCGUCCUUGCAUCUUGCCAUGAAGCACCGGAUCAAUCUGGCAGAUGCGUAUGUCUGUUCAGGUUACUUUGCAGCUUUGGCAUUGCCCAACGACCAAUAUGUCCCGGAUGCCACACUUCCUCGCCGGUACAACGAUGGCCUCGAGACGGACGACCCGGACGAAGAUUCUCUUUUCAUGAUUUGGUACCAUCCACAUGCAGUUGCGGCUGAUGUCGCGCGACCUUCGAUUGACGACGAAGACGACGACGAAGAAGACGUCGCUGGCGAACAAGGACCAGGACAAAAGAGAUCCGACACCGCGACUUCCCAUAUACCAUCCCUUUCUUCCAAACGGAAGAUUGCCGUCUUUCGCUGUCGCAACAAGUUGGAGCGCGACGCCUGGUGUUGGGCUAUCAAUUGUGAAAUUGAGAAACUGGUCAGGGUCCAGAAAACUAGAGAGGAUAGGCUGAGAAAUACAGGUGGCGAUAUGAAGUAGUUUUUACAAUCGGACUUUCUUAUAUUGGGUACUUUACGACGUGGUGCUAGUGGUUGGACAAUGAAUUCGCAUAUGUGUCGGUAUCCGUUU